UGUUUGGGACCUUUUCAACAUUUCAAGAUGGCGGCGGCCACGCGCUGGUGCUGUGUCCUCCGGUUACCGGUGGCAGGCGUCGGGGCGUUUGGGGCACUAGGAGGUGCCGCUCUGACCCGGCCCGCUCUGACCCGGCCCGCUCUGACCCGGCCCGCCCUGACCCGGCCCGCCCUGACCCGCUCUGACCCGGCCGCCUGGCAGCAGACCCGUCACUCCAGCUUCUUCAACAAGUUGACUGCCGAUGACCUGUGGCGUGGUGUGUUGGCAGAGAAGGGUUCUGGGACUCGGAAGGGCAGAGGGAAAAGGACCAAACGCAAAGUAAAGAAGAACCUGAACCAUGGUCAGGUCCUGGGAGAAGGUCGCGGGGGCUACCUCUGGCCUGGCCUCAACGCUCCAGUGGUGAAGGACGGCACUCUUCAGUCCUUCUCCAGGCGUGGGGAGGCGGAGCAGGAGGAGAAGAGGGCGGAGCUUGAGCGGCAGAGAGAGGAGUGGGACAGGAAGCGGAAGAUAAAAGUGAAGAGAGAGAGAGGCUGGACAGGCAACUCCUGGGGAGGGAUCAGCCUUGGUACCCCAGACCCUGGUCCCAACGGAGAAACAUAUGAAGACUUUGAUUCCCGUGUUAUUGAGGUGAAGAGUGUAUUCAAUAUGACAGCCAAAGAGGGCAGAAAACGCUCUGUGAGCUGCCUUGUUGCUGUGGGCAAUGGCAAUGGAGCUGCAGGAUUUGCUUUGGGAAAAGCAGCAGACAGAAUCACAGCUCUGAGAAAGGCCAAGAACAGAGCAAUACACUAUCUCUAUUACAUCGAAAGAUAUAAUAACCACACCAUUUACCAUGACAUCGACUCCACCUUCAAAAGAACCACCCUGCGCAUGAAAAAACAAAACAAGGGUUACGGUCUUCACUGCCACAGGGCUGUGAUCACCAUAUGUAAGCUGAUUGGCAUCGAGGACAUGUAUGCCAAAGUGGAGGGCUCAGUUAACCUGCUCAACAUCACCCGGGCACUGUUCCAUGGGCUGGCCAAACAGGAGACGCACCAGGCUCUGGCUGACAAGAAGCAGCUGAACGUGGUGGAGUUCCGCGAGGAGCAGGGCGUGCUUCCCAUCGUCGUGGCCAAGCCCAAGCUGGGUGCCCGGAACAAUCCGGAAGUGGAGGACGAUGUGCCGAACACCAAGCUGCACUGGGCCGACGUGCAGGCCGCCCAGGGUUGGAAGAGCUCUGUGUGGGCCGGGGUGAAGAGGACCGUCUGGUGACCCCAAACGACCGUUUGAACAGAUCCGAGCAUGCGCGCACACACACACAUGCGCACACCUGCCUGUCACACUUACAUACACGCCCUUGACCCCAAAGAGAGUUUGACUGAGUGGGUAGGACGGUUGGGGUGGAUCAGAUGCUCUCGAUCAGGUAGAAGUGGAGUCUCAGCUGCAGUUCUGCCUAAUCAGACUGCAGAUUUACACUCUAGUCUCACAAAUUUAUAACUGUUGUCAUUGUAGAGAACCCAAUAAAAGUUUCACACCAUC